GAAUUUCCUCUGUUUAUUAUGAUUUGCCCACGAGCAGUAUUCAUCACAGGCGCAAACAAAGGACUGGGACUUGAAUUUGUUAGACAAUUCCUGAGAUUGGACAAUCCUCCUCAACAACUGUUUGCAACAUGUCGUGAUCCUGAAAAUGCCGUCGAAUUAAGAAAGCUAGAAGACCAAAACGCUUGUGUUCAAGUCUUAAAGUUAGAUAUAACGUGCGAGGCUGACAUCAAAUCUGCAGCGAGAGAGGUUGAAUCUAGUCUUAAUAACAAAGGUCUAAAUCUAUUGAUAAACAAUGCCGGUGUGACUAGAAAACGUCAGUAUGUCGGCAAUCUUAACAAAGAGCACCUUCUGGAACAGUUUUCCACCAAUGCUGUCGGGCCGCUACUUGUGACCCAGUCCUUGUUGCCCAUGCUUCUGAAAGCGGCGGAGUCACGUGACACUCUUGUGAGCUGUAACAAGGCUGCAAUUGUCAACAUUUCCAGUAUUCUUGGGUCUAUAACGGAAAGCAGAUCCGGUGGGAUGUACGGGUACCGGCCUUCUAAGGCUGCGCUGAACAUGAUAACCAAAAGUCUCCAUGAGGAACUAAAAGAGAAGGAUAUUCUAGUGACUGCAUUACAUCCAGGAUGGGUGAGAACUGAUAUAGGUGGACCGGAGGCGGACAUGUCACCCGAGGAAAGUGCGAAAGCUUGUUUAAUGGUGCUAUCUAAAUUGUCCAAAGAAAAUUCGGGACGGUUUUUGUCAUAUGACGGGAAGAUGAUUGAUUGGUGACUUUGUUUCAAAUACAACAGGGAAAGGACAUUAGUUGUUGGUAUUAAAUUGAUGUUUCACUGUAAA